AUGGCCCGCAAUUCAGAAAAAGCGCAGUCCAUGCUCUUCCGGUUCCGCGCCCAGCAAGCUGCGGACCUGGGCAUCCUCGACAUCAACCGCACACGACGGCCGAAAGCUAUCACCACAAUUGACAAGAUCCCAGUGGCGGAGAAGUGGCGUGGCCAGGUGCUCAAGGAGAUCAGCCGCAAGGUGUCCAAGAUUCAGGAGGACAGCCUGAGCGACUACCAGAUCCGCGACCUCAACGACGAGAUCAACAAGCUCAUGCGCGAGAAGCACAUGUGGGAAAUUCAGAUCCGUAACCUGGGCGGGCCAAACUACAUGCGUGGCGGGCGGGUGCUGGACGAGGAGGGCCGCGAGGUUGUGGGUGGUGAAAAGGGGUAUCGCUACUUCGGCCGCGCUCGCACCCUCCCCGGCGUCGCCGAACUCUUCGCCGCCGCCGCCGCACCCCCGACCUCGCAUAAACACGACCACUCGCGUGCCACACUCUCCCGCCUCACAGACGCCUCAUACUACGGCUACAACCUCGACGAAGAAGACGGCACCCUGCUCGCGUACGAGGCGAAGAAAGAAGACGAGGCAUACAGACGACUGAUGCGCGACGCAGAUGCAGAGCACAAUAGCACGCCUAGCAGCAGUAGCGCGAGGAAGCGGAAAGGUGUGGAUGCAGAGUGGGUGGAACUACCCGGUGAUGCCGGAGAUGGGAUCGGAUGGAAUCUGCCGGAUCUAGAUCAAGUGCAGGAAGAGUUGGUAGAAAGGCGCAGACGCAGACUACUUGAUAAGUUGGGCUAA